AUGACCCCUACGGGAUUCUCAUCGUCAAAUACCUCUGGAAAACCAGGAAUCACGUGGGAACGUCUCGCAGCGCCAGUCGUCAUAUUCAACGCUAUCAGGGACAGGAACAGCUCAGAAAUCUCGCCGUCCUCUACUGGUGUGACUGGUGUGAUUAUGGGAGCGAUCAGGAAGACAUCGGAUACGUUCGUGAACACUUUUAGCUCAAUAUCGGGAACCGGACAUACCGAUCAGCCAAACAUCGCUGCAGGAACGACCAAUGAAAUGCCGUCUGACGAGCAACAGAAGGAACGUCGUAUGUCCGACAUCGAUCACCUUUGGGAAAGUGCUCGACGAAUCAACGGAUACUAA